AUGUCUGGGACUUUGUUAGAAGAAUCCGGCGCCAGCAUCAAAUCAUUGACUGACCCUCCAAAAAUUGAAUUAAGUGAACCGUGCAAGGAUAUUUUGAAUCUUAUUUCCAAAUCUUCUGCUUCAGCAACAUGCAUAAAGUCUCAAAUAAGGUCUUUUAUUGGAACUAAUAAUUCUCUGGAUGAAUCUGAAUAUGCUGACUAUUACUUUGCGGAAUCUACACUUCAUCAUUUCUUGCAAAUGAUGACCAGCCCAAGAAACCCAAUUCUAUUCCCAAUGAAAGAGAGGACAGCUGCUCCAAUUACAACAAUAUACCUGUUACAUGCAAUGUUCUUAAGCUGUAAUGACCUAGUAUCUUUCCAUUGGUAA